UUUAAGUAACUCAGGAGAAUAUGGCCAAAAGAGAGUUAAUUUUGGAAUGUUAAGAGAAUUGCUAAUGAGAGAUAGUAUUUGUAUAAUUCCUAUUUAUUACUCUAAAUUUAUUUUCUAAAAAGACAAUGUAACAUUCCUUCAUUAAAUUUUAUAUUCCCCCAAUUUUUUUCAAUUGGGGAGUUACUGGGCAUUUCUUAAAAGUGAUUUAACUAAAGUUGCCUUGGGUAAAAUACACAAUGACAGAAAAGAAAUUACAGCAUCUGUAAUCAAUGAAAUAGAAUUUUUAAAGUGCCUUUUAUGUGCCAGGUACUAUGCUAAGAAAUGGGGAAUGCAAAGAAAGGUGAUAGAUAGCCUCUGCUGUCGGUGCAAUAGGAGUGUUAACAUGCAAGUAACUAUGGACAAACGCAACAUAUAUAGGUUAAACUGAAAGAGAAGGAACCAAGAUUAAGAAUUAGUCUAUCAAAAUACGGAACAUUCUACUUGCAGAAUAUUUUACUCAAAGGUUCUGAGAAGGCACUUCUCAUUUAAAAACAAAAUGUACCUCUAUUGUGGUCUUCCUCUGCUAUCUCAAUGGGUUAGAUUAUUUUUUUGUUAGGUUAUUUUUUUCUAAACCAGUGAAGCUUGCUGAUGUAAAAAGUGAGAAAUUAGAUGCUUCACUGCAGCCCUAAGCAAUAGUAGUUUGCUUACACAAGAUCAAAUCAAGACAAAGAGAUAUAAUGUAAAUAUUAAUAUCUUUGUCAAAAAGAUUUGAGUGGUGGGAUCAAAUGCUUACUCGUGGCUAGAGAUAUAACAUAGAUAUAAAAUACUGUGUAAUUGUAACAUGCUAUAGAGUAUUAUUAUCCCUCUGUUUCAUGUCAUGUUCCAUUAGUAGUUCUUUUUAACCCAUAAGAAGACAAAGAUUUUAACUUGGGGUAAAUUUCAUGUGUAAGAAAGCUAGGGAUUUAGUUCUCUGUUGUGAGGUUUGCAACAGUUCAAGCAUGUUGUGUCAGUGUAGAAGUCUUCACUAUUCUCUUUAAAAAUGGAGGAAACUUGAGAAGAGAGAGCACAAAGGAAAAUGUGCUAGAAUGCUGUAUAUUGGCUUGUCAGCUAAUCGGAAGCUAAAUGUGAUCUUUUUUUAAAAUUUUGAUUAUAGAAUUUAAUAGGCAAGUAAACAAAGAGAAACAAAUCAAAACACUGGAGACUUGGCAAAUGGAUUCAUUCUUUUGACUACAUUUACAUCUUAUCUCCUGAAGUAGCAAUCCUCAAACUUUCUGGCCUUGAAAACAAUUAAUACUCUUAAAAAUUAUUGGGCUUUUAUUUUUAUGAGUUAUAUCUGUUGAUAUUCACCAUAUUAGAAAUUGAAAUAUUUUAGUAUUAUUAUGAAAAAUGUCUUGAUCUCUAGGAUCUCCUGAAAAGUCCUCGGGACCUCCAGAAGUUACCAGACCACCAUUCUCUGAAAACCACAAUUUUAGAAAGAUUUUUUUUUCAUAUCAGAAUAUGUGAAUGGUCCUCCCCUUUCCAUAGCAAAAAAAAAUAAAGCUUUCUGAAAAGCACAUCUUCAUACAAAAUUUAAAUCAUAGAAUCAUAAACUAGAGAAGCACAGAAUUUCUGAAUUGGAGGGAUUCUUAGCUGUCAUCUAAUACAAUUCAUGCUGGGGAAAUGAUCCUUACUGAUCUUUACCUGCAGUCAACAAGAAAUCAUAUCUUUUUCUUACAGACCCCCAGUGAAGGGAUGUGAAGACUCCCAUUAUCUCCAAAGCCAUCCCUUGCCACUUUUGCAUUGCUUUAAGUAGUAGAAAGAUUUUCCUUACAUGGAAAUUUGUCCCUUUGCAACUUCUAUCCAUUACUCCCUGUUCUACCCUCUAGAGAUGAAAAGUACAACAUUUCUUCCAUUCGAAAAUUUCCAAUACUGCAUAUCAAGGGCACAACAUUAUUCCUAUUAUUUGGGACCUCCACAAAGAUACACUCUGAAACAGUGCUAAAUAGUGCUCAAAGGGAUACAACUGUUUAUUAAACUUAUAUUUCCUAGUUUUAAUUUAAAUUCUACCCACUGGAUUAGCUGAUAGUAUACAUACAAUGAAAUCAUCUGUGUUUUUUUAAAAAAAAUUAUAUUACAAUCAUCUAUUACAUAAAUGUAUUAAAUUCUCUGCAGAUAGAGUAAUAGGAUGGGGGGAUUUCUGUUCAGGAUUUCGGAAUAACUACUUCCGCCCCCCAGCUCUUGUCCCAGACCUCCAGUUUACUGCUAGAGUUUUCUAGGUAUUGACCGUGGAGAAGUUGAGAUUGUCCUGUUUUGUUACAUGGCUUUGAAUUUUAUUAAAACUGAUAUCAAACUCCUAUCAGCCGGCUCAGAUCCCACCCAGGAAGGCUUUUCUAUAUCUCUUGGUUCUUAUUUGGGGCAGAACAAACUUGCCUCAUGAACGGCAUGAGUGGCAGCCAGGAAAGGGAGAGAGCAUUCCAGGUCUGGUCUGGAGGGAGAGUGGAGAGUUGAAACGGUGCCAACUCUGACCAGCUGGUCUGCCGGGGCUUCCGCGCAGCGUCCCAGCAGCCCACCAGGGGGAAACCCAACUCAAUCCACCAACCCCAGAGAACUGAUGUGUUACAAGAAGAGGCGUAGACCAAAUGAUGGGCAGGCUCCGGCCGGGAUAGAGAACUGGCCCAGCAAGCUCCUGCGGCAAGGCUUCUCAACUUCCUUUACGGAAACUUGCGGACCACGAAACUCCAGGGCCCUCCAGACUCAAACUCCCGGAGGCUCAUGAGUGGGUGUACUUGAGUGGACAGUCUCCUGUUUUCUUCCUUUCCGAAAUGGAGAAAGAGUCGGUUAAAAAAAAAAAAAAAACGCGAAAUUUUAUUCUAUGGGAACGGUUUUAGUUUCUAUGGAGACAGACUUCAAGAUGUGCAGCCACAGCAGCAGCAGCUGUGACUGAGACUUUCGAGCUGGCUUCUCUCCUCUUCCGUCCCCGUUUCUUACCCAGCUUGACCGCCAAAGGCAGGAGAUGAAAGGCUCUUCCCGGUUCGAUGGCACUGAGUAGCUUCACCUUAGUUCAAAGUGGGCAAAAGCCGAACCAGGUGGAUUGUCGAGAAACCACAGCCCGACUGGGAGUCACCGUCACCACCACCACCACCACCACCGCAGCGUUUUCCUCCUCCUUAGAUCUGGAAUAGAUGGCCCCCCACCCACACACCCCUCCCUCCUUGAACAUUUGACUCAUCUGCCCACCAUGGGAUCGCCGGCAUCCUCAGCCCGAGCCCCUGCGAGGUUGAUUUGGAGGGCGGACCAGUACUUAGUCUGCCUCCGAGCUCCUUGCUGAAAGCUCCCGCCUAGCUCUUCUUCCUUCUUACCCCCUUGGAAGGAACUCGAUGUCCUCGGAGUUUGUGGAGCUCACCGCUGCCCCUGAGCUCCUAAUGUGAGAGCUAAGAGAAGAGAGUGCAAGAGAGCGAGCGAGCGCGAGAGAGAAAGCAGCCACUCCACCAGCUGAGGCUCCGCACACUUAAUCGCAGGCCAGAAUACAGAAAUAUGAUUGCAACAGGGGGUGUCAUAACAGGCCUGGCAGCCUUAAAGAGACAAGACUCUGCGAGAUCUCAGCAUCAUGUCAAUCUUAGCCCUUCACCUGCUGAUCAAGAGAAAAAACCAGUUAGACGCCGGCCUAGGGCUGAUGUUGUGGUUGUUCGAGGCAAAAUCCGACUUUAUUCUCCAUCUGGAUUUUUCCUCAUUUUAGGAGUGUUGAUCUCAAUUAUAGGAAUUGCAAUGGCAGUUCUUGGAUAUUGGCCCCAAAAAGAACAUUUUAUAGAUGCUGAAACCAAGCUGUCAACCAACCAAACCCAGGUCAUCAGAAAUCAAGGUGGUAUCAUGGUUCGCUUCUUUGAACAGCAUUUACAUUCUGAUAAGAUGAAAAUGCUUGGCCCAUUUACAAUGGGCAUAGGGAUUUUUAUUUUUAUAUGUGCUAAUGCCAUUCUACACGAAAACCGUGACAAGGAAACCAAAAUCAUUCACAUGCGGGACAUCUACUCCACUGUCAUAGAUAUUCACACCCUAAGAAUCAAGGAGCAAAAGUUGAUGAAUGGUGUUUACAAUGGCUUAAUGGGAGAGAAUGAAGUAAAGCAGAAUGGUAACUCCUGUGCCUCAAGAUUAGCAGCAAAUACACUUGGCUCUUUUUCAGGUUUUCGGAGCAGUUUUCGAAUGGACAGCUCUGCUGAAGAGGAUGAACUGAGGCUCAGUGAGGGCAAGAGUAGUACUCACCUUAUGCCCCCUUUGUUAUCUGACAGUUCUGUCUCAGUAUUUGGCUUAUAUCCACCCCAUAACAAGGCAACAGAUGAUAAGAACAAUAGCAUUAAAAAAUGUGAAACCAAAUCUAUCGUAUCCUCAUCCAUCAGUGCUUUUACACUACCUGUGAUCAAACUUAAUAAUUGUGUUAUUGAUGAGCCUAGUAUAGACAACAUCACUGAGGACUCUGAGACUAUCAAACGCAGGUCUAGGAAUUUAUCCAUGGAUUCACUAGCUGUUCCUUUAACCAAUAUCAAUGAAUCCUACCAGCGAGCCAAUGUAGGGUUGUCACGGAAUGAUUCUGUUGGGGAAUGUCUCUCAAACCAGUACAAGUCUUCUAUGGCUCUUGGACCUAGAACUGGACAACUUUUGUCACCAGGAGCUGCUAGGAAACAAUUUGGAUCUAACACAUCCCUGCAUUUGUUGUCUUCACAUUCAAAAUCCUUAGACUUAGACCGAGGUCCCUCUACGUUGACUGUACAGGCUGAACAACGGAAACAUCCAAGUUGGCCCCGGUUGGAUCGGAGUAACAGCAAAGGGUACAUGAAACUGGAGAACAAAGAAGACCCAAUGGAUAGGUUGCUUGUACCCCAAGCAUCAAUCAAAAAAGACUUUACAAAUAAGGAGAAGCUUCUUAUGAUCUCAAGAUCUCAUAAUAAUUUGAGUUUUGAACAUGAUGAAUUUUUGAGUAACAAUCUAAAGAGAGGAACUUCUGAAACACGAUUUUAAAUGUUAAACAUACACACACACAGAAACUAUCUUUUACAAGACAACUUAUUUUAAAACAAUUUUCAGAGGUGUUUGUUUAAAGCAAUGAGUACAAGGCUCUUUAACCAAAAGGCUAUGACAUAAUAGAGUUGGCUACCUAUUUUUAUGGUGGAGACAAUUUUAUGACUUAGUGAUAUACAACUGCAAUAUUGUACUUUAUCAUCGCACACAGUAUUUUUUUAUGUUCUUAUCUAAGCAUGAUUUCUUUGGUUACUGUGACUCAGAAACCUGCAUCCAAAUAAAAGUGAGUCUGCUUCAGGUUUCAUUUCUUCCCUUGAAUUGCUACUUUCCCAGAAUGAUGCUUCCAAGGAUUGAAAGAAAAGUCAUUAAAGUCUGGACUAGGAAUGCCAAAUCAGCCCAAGACUAAACAUAUUUUUACUGUAUAUGCUGAUAAUGUAAUCUGGCAUUUUGUUUUUAAAAAACACAUGGGAUUGGAUGAGUUUAGGGGAAAAACAAAGCAGAUUAAAUAUCUUUUUAAUUUGUUUGUGUGUUGAUUCAUUGUAAUUGUUUGAAUCAGAUGCUAAUAUUGUGAAUUCUUCUCUAAGUUAUAUAUGAUAAACCUGUCAACAUCAAUUAUAUUUUAGAGUUAUAAUUCCAGAAUAUCAUGUAUUGUAAUGCCACAGUUCUGAAAUUUUCAUAGCUUUAUGGAGAAAAAUCAGAACUUUAUCAGAUGAUUGAAACUUUUAAAAAAAGAAACUGUCUAAAUUAGCUAGAAUAUCAAUGACCCAAAGUUUGUCAUUCAAUUAAAUAAGCUUUGUUAGGUACUUCCUAUGAGUAAUGUGCUAGAGCUACAAAGAAAGAAAUUAAAAAAAAAAAAAAACCUCUCUGCCCUCGAGGAAUUUAUAUUCUAUUGAAUGCAAUUCUAUCCCUAAACAGCCAAAUCCAAAAAUAAGUUAUUAAUUUUAUGUUAAUUGGAAAAAUGAAUGGUAAACAAUAUUAACUAGUAUCUAUUUUAUUCCUUCUUCACCUUGGAUUUUUACACAUUUCUAAUUUUUCUCUCUCCCCAGCUCCAAACAACAACUAUAACAAAACCAAUAACAACUCAACAUCAUUAAUCUGAGGUUUCAGUAGUUUUAUAAAUCGCUGCAGCUGGGAAAGUAAUCAGCUAAUCUCAGCAUGACUUUUCAUUUUGGCCCAUCUCUAGUUAGAUGAUUCAAUAACAUUUAGCUGUCACUAAAUUGUCUUGAAAAAUACCUUUCAACAAGGAAGGAUUAUGAAAACCCCCCAAAACGUUUUUUUGCAGUGCCAGGUUUUCAGGAUUACUGUUUUAGUUUUGUGCACACAAAUUCUUAAAAUAUAUAUGUUUAUUCAAAAGUUUUACUGUUUUCCAGUAGUGUUUAAUAUUCUUAUUAAACUAAUAUACUCAGGAAUUCUUUUUAAUAGCUUUCCCCCCAAUUAACCAAACAUUUCAAAGCAUCAGUGUACUGCAGUUGUGUUCAGAAAGCAGAAAACAGAAAUAUUUGUGUUUCCAACUCCAUCCAAUCCAUAUUGUGAUCUUUGCAUUCAGGGCAUGAUUUGCUCUGUGGAUUGAGGCCUAGUACUACUUGUUAGAACCUAUAUAUUGUAACAAAGUGGGCUAAAUAUUUUGGUAUGAAGCUUUUAAUAAACUUCUGGUUUGUGUUCUUAAUACAUUUACUAAUUUUUUUUGAAAUAAAAUAGAAUGUACAACUCU